ACGCAGGCGGGGCUCAGCGGGGUCACGGCUAUGGAGGCGCCCGCAGUCCCGCUGCUGCCAUUGCUGCUGCUGUUGGCGGCCUGGGCUCCGGAGCCAGGCAGCACCUCCGCGGAGGCUCCGCCUCUGGUCAACGAAGAGGUGAGGCGCACGCUGGACCUGAGCAGCCACCUGGCCAAGGUGACGGCCGAGGUGGUCCUGGCGCACGCGGGCGGCGGCUCCUCGCCCCGCGCUGCCUCCUUCCUGGUAGCGCUGGAGCCCGAGUUGGAGGCCCAGCUGGCACACCUCGGCGUGCAGGUGACGGGAGUGGAUGAGGAAACCAACAGUCUGGACGUACGGGAGACCAAAGUUAAGGGUAAAAGCGGGAGAUUCUUCACAGUCCAGCUCCCAGCUGCUCUUGAUCCUGGGGCGAAGGUUUCAGUCGUUGUGGAAGCCGUUUAUACCCACGCGAUUCAGCCGUAUCCAACCCAGAUCACCCAGUCUGAGAAACAGUUUGUGGUGUUUGAGGGAAAUCAUUAUUUCUACUCUCCCUACCCGACCAAGACGCAAACCAUGCGUGUGAAGCUCGCCUCCCCAAACGUGGAGAGCUAUACCAAAUUGGGCAACCCCAUGCGCCACGAGAACCUCCUGGAUUAUGGCCCUUUCCACGACACCCCUGCCUACAGUCAGGAUAGUUUUAGAGUACAUUCUGAGAACAACAGCCCUUUCCUGACCGUCAGCAGCAUGACCCGAGUUGUCGAGGUCUCCCACUGGGGUAAUAUUGCUGUGGAAGAAAACGUGAACCUGAAGCACACGGGGGCUGUGCUGAAGGGGUCUUUUUCUCGUUAUGAUUAUGACAGAUGGACAGAUAGUGGCAGCUCCUCCAUCCGUUCUUUUAAGACCAUCCUUCCUGCCUCUGCCCAGGAUGUUUAUUACCGGGAUGAGAUUGGCAGCAUUUACACCAGACACCUCCUUACUUUGGAUGACUCGGUGGAGAUGGAAGUGAAGCCUCGUUUCCCUCUCUUUGGCGGGUGGAAGACUCAUUAUAUCAUUGGCUACAACCUCCCAAGCUAUGAGUACCUCUAUAAUUUGGGAGACCAGUAUAUGUUGAAGAUGAGGCUGGUGGACCACGUGUUUGAUGAGCAAGUGAUAGACUCUCUGACCGUGAAGAUCAUCCUCCCUGAAGGGGCCAGGAACAUCCAGGUGGACAGUCCCUAUGAGAUCAGUCGAGCCCCCGACGAGCUGCACUAUACCUACCUGGACACUUGUGGCCGCCCUGUGAUCGUGGCCCACAAGGAAAACCUGGUGACACAGCACAUUCAGGACGUCGUGGUGCGCUACACCUUCAGCAAGGUGCUCAUGCUCCAGGAGCCCCUGCUGCUGGUGGCCGCCUUCUCCAUUCUGCUCUUCACUGUCAUCGUCUAUGUCAGGCUGGACUUAUCCAUCACGAAGGAUCCAGCUGCAGAAGCCAGGAUGAAGGUGGCUUGCAUAAUAGAGCAGGUCUUGACCCUGGUCAGCAAGAGACUAGGUCUCUACCACCACUUUGACAAGACGGUCAGUAGAUACAAACAGUCCCGGGAUGUGUCCACCCUCAGCAGUGGCAAGAAGAGCUUGGAAACGGAGCACAAGGCUUUGACCAGUGAGGUGGCGCUGCUGCAGUCCAGGCUGAAGGCCGAGGGCUCCAACCUCUGCGACAAAGUGAGCGAAAUGCAGAAGCUGGACGCGCAGGUCAAGGAGCUGGUCCUGAAGUCAGCAGUGGAGGCUGAGUGGCUGGUGGCCGGCAAGCUCAAGAAAGACAUGUACAUCGAGAAUAAGCAGCUCAUUUCAGGAAAGCGACAGGAGCUGGUCAGCAAGAUUGACCACAUCCUGCAUACCCUGUAGCCCUCCAGAGGGCAGGGUGGGGGGUGAACAUGGAGGCCAGCAGGUUAUGGCAUCUAUAUUUGCCAAAGGUCUCCAAGGAAGAGAGAAGCUAGGCCUUCCCUCAAGCAACACAGAAGCUUAGUUUUGUCCCUAAGAUGUUCUUUAAAAAAACAAAAAAAACACCUAGAUGUCAUUUAAAACAAAAUAUCUUUGAAUUUUGAACAAAGAAGUUUUUGAGUUGGCUUUGUUCUGAAGCCUAGGAUAUUCUUUUCACCUCAAGCCCCUUGUUUUACACCCUUCUAAUUCCUGAGAUUUGGGUAUUUUACAAGCAUGUGUGUGUUUUUUAAAGCACAUAUGACUAAAUGAAAAUAAAGCCAAGGCUGUAAAAAAAAAAAAAUACUCU